AUGAUCGAUCCCCAACUUUUGGAUCAGCACCGCCCGCUGCCGUCGCCGACAUCCUCGGCUCGGACUCUUUAUGUCUCGGGUUCUCGGGGCGAGCUCGAUCAACCGUCCGCCGACUCCCCGUCCGCGGCAUACGCUCGACUCGAUGGUCCUUUGCCCAUGUCCGAUGCGGCAAGAUCCUACACCCAGGAACGACAGAGGUACCACGAUAUGCAACAACAACAGCACCAGCAGCUGCAAUCGACGUCGACCCGUCAGCCUUCCUCCGGCGCCGCGCACCGCCCCGAUGCCACGCCGACUGCUGGCUCGAGCUCGGCGAACAGACGAUCGGCGCAAGAGUCGGCGUCGGCGUCGGCGUCAUCGGCUUCGACCUCGAACUCUCCCAGCAGUCGAACCUCGGGGUCGGGUUACUCUGCUCCUAUACAUCGAGUCUAUGUGCUCAACUGUGCAACAUGCGAUCUCUUCCUUUCUGAUCGAGGCAUGAGGGUUAGUCCUUCUUGGCCUUGGGUGGGAACGGCGCGGCGGCCCCUGACUCUUCAAAGCCGCCGCGUAUCCUUGGCGCCUUCUGCGCAACAAAUGUCACAAAAUUGAUCAAAUCUUGUUCUCCUUGCCUCAGGCCGUUCUUCUCCUCAAACCAAAUAUUGUCCUAUUCUCGACCGACGCGAGCCCCCUCAAUGCUGGCCCCGUAUGGCCGCUGGGGACAGACGACCCGACUGCGGAGCGAACUUGCGAUUGUCUGGUGAGUUCGCGGCUUUAACCGCAGCGGAACGAGCUUCUCGAAGAACGUACUAAAUUUGAGCUAUCGUGCACAGACCUCUUCGCUCGCGUGCCAUGGUUGCGGAAGCACGAUCGGUUACCAUAUCGUACAGCCGUGUGCACGGUGCUCGGUACGUCCGCGAGCAGGCUGUGAAAGCCAUCGUUGGGUUCUGAAGCUGAGCUGUGUUGGCCUCCCACUGGCGAUCUUCCUCACAGGCUUCCGUGGCCAAGCACCAACGGUCCGCGAAUCACCAUCGCUACGUCUUUCAUCACAACGAAGUCAGUGCCCGUGAACGGCGCUACUUUGCGAGCGAGCCGGGCGUCGUGAACCUUGGCGUCCCUGCAUCGCGCGUCGGUUCGCCAGCCCCUUCACGAGGGAGCUCCCCCGCUCCUCCUUCGCCGAUCGCAACCGAAGUCAACAAGGAUGCACCGGCCAACAACAUGCGAUUUGCCCCGUCAAGUCCACCACAAGGUGGUCUUUCUCCAGCCCAUGCUUUGUCACCUCGAUCAGCGUCGGUACAACCUGUCGAUCGACACGGGAGGAAUAUGGGCCUCCGUCCCGGCGACGUCGUUUACUGGCACAACCUCGUCUCGGGAGGCGAAAAGGCCGAGCCGAUCGAUCCCGCAACCCGACCUUUUGUCGCGAAAGAGAUCGCUGGCAGGUAG